AUGUUCUAUGAGGGGAGUCUGGAGGAUGGAAUCAAAUCCGCCGUUGAGGACGAAAAGAUAGUGGUUUGCUUUGUACGAGAUGACGGACCGUUGAGCGACGAGUGGGAGGCUGGGCAUUUCAAGUUCCUUGAAAACUCCGUGCGAUACCUCUUAACCCGAGCAGUGGUGUUGCGCUUGACCAAGGAUAGCGAGGAAGCAGGCUUCCUGGAUUCCUUCUGUCCCAUCGAGAAGGCCCCCGCGGUGGUUGUGAUAAAGGACGGCAUGCUGUGCGAGUAUUUCGGCCCGGAUACGGAAAGGGAGGACUUUCGGCAUCGACUGGUUGAGAAAUUGAUCGAAGAUGAUCCGGAUGGUAGGCCGCUGGCUGUGAAGCCUAGACCAGUUCAACCAGCUCCACCAGUUGAUAGCGACUCGGAAGAAGAUGGAUACCGGUUUCCUGUACCCGUGGAUAUACAACUAGCACUUUUGGGGCCUCCAGAAUCAAUCCCGGACAACUCCAUUCCCGCUGAUUCGCCUGUGGCAGCGCUCCCAUACAGCAUGAGCAGGAUUCCAGAGAGUCGGUUCAAAAAACCCCGGGACAAACGCACCCGCGAAGGAAAGAGGCGAGACAAGGACACCAGAGCGUCCGAGCCAGAGAAGCCGCAGGACCAGAAACCAGAACCAUCCAAGCAGAGCCCCAAGCCCUCGAUCGAAGUGGAGCCGGCAUCCCCAAGUGCUCCCAAGCCAACCGAACCCACCGAAGUACCAUCGUCCACCCGGUCAUCUCCAAACCAGUACCGUCUUCAGGUCCGCCUCUUCGACGGCCGCUCCGUCCGUGGGAGCUUCACGCCCACGCAGACCAUCCGCGCGGAUGUCCGCCCCUGGCUCGAGACCCAGAUGGAAGAUGAAAAACACCCCUUCAAUCUCAAGCACAUCAUCACCCCUCUGCCUAGCCGCACGAUCACAAUAGCCGAGGAGGAGCGGACUCUCGAGGACCUCGGACUGGGCUCCACAGCCACCCUGGUCAUGGUCCCGAUCCAGUCCUACACCGAGGCGUAUGCCGGAUCAGCGGCCAGCCUGCCCGCCAGAGCGGCCUCGUCCGCGUAUGGGCUGGUUUCGUCUGCCGUCGGCACUGCGACAGGUCUUGUCGGGUCCUUGUUCGGAUACGGGCCAGCUCCUCCGGCAAAUGAAGCAGCGCCGUCCACGUCUGCUUCGAGGUCGACAUCCGCUGAUGGCGGAAGCAGACCUCGUCCGUCUGGGUCUCGGGGACCCGUUAUCCGGACCCUGAGCGAUCAGCGGAACGAGCGGGAUGAUAAGCAAUUCUAUAAUGGAAACCAGCUCAAUUUCCAACCGCGACAUGACUCCGACAGGAGAUGAGGAUAGACUAGACUGACUGAUCGGCUGUAGUUAUGCACACUGCAUGUACAACUCUUCAAUCCUUUGUCUUACAGUAAGUGUGCCAUCCUCUCUCUGUCUCUUUGAUUCAUGUAUCUAUUUACCCACCAGAAUGUCAAUACUAC